AUGGGAACACUGGAUCCCCGCCUCGUCUAUUCAUCGAGAGCUAGAUGGGGCGAUUGUUGCACGGAGAAUUCGCUUCUGUUCCCGUCUCUGCAAAGAACCCGCACCGUUUGCGUGAGAGUCGAAGUGUAUGGUUGUCAAUAUCGAGGUGACUUGGUCUCUUACUCGAUUCCCGAAGGAACAAUUGCUGACGGACUUUCACUCAAAGAUUUUCACUAUGAUGGGAAAAUCAGUCCAUCAAAUCAUCUUCUCGGUGGAAUUGGGAAACUAUAUGAUGGGAAAGUUGGGGAAAACGAUUUUGAAAAGAAGCCGAAUGGAUGGAUUGCGUGGAAGAAUGAAGGAAAACCGAUCGAAAUGAACUUCACUUUCGUGGAGCAGAUGAACUUUUCGGCGAUCCUCUUCCACACAAGCAAUCACUUCAAAAUGGGUGCCGAGACUUUCUCCGAAGCAAGCAUUCGUUUUUCUCAAAAUGGAAACCAUUUCUCAUCAAGAAAAGUCCAUUUCACCUAUCAUGCCGAUCGUCAAUCUCGACACCGCCUCGAUGGAUUCGCAUACCAAUUCAAAGCCGGAUUGCGAAAUUUCUGCAAAUUCAACUUCAACCAUCCCCUAGCCUCCCAGUGGUUGUUGCUAUCGGAAAUUCAGCACAAUGGAAAUACGGUGACACUUUUAUGCGGUGGAUGGACAAUGAUCAGACUUCUCUCUAUCAGCCUCCUCGGCUCAUUUUGUCCUCGCUGUUAUAAGUGUCUGCCGCUGAGAGUUUCGUUUCGACGACGCAGACCACCAGUGAAACCAAUUCCUUCACCGGCUUUCCUCAAAAGCAUCCACAACAUAAAUUUGAUGAUGGACGGAUCGACGAUCAAGGUAAAGCUCUGUCAACUCGAGCGUCGCUUGGUUGUCGUGAAAUCGUUGGAAGAAACUGAAGAAACGCGGAGAGAACUUCAAUUUUUGGGAUCUCUUAAGCAUCCGAAUGUUUUAGAGAUGAUCGGAACCUCAACGGGGCAACCAUUUUUCUGUGUUCUCGAAUAUGCCGAGAACGGUUCAUUCACAAUCGUAUUUUCAGAAAAUGGAGAGAUUGGAUACAAAAACGGCUCUGAGUGCUGUGGUGGGAGUGGUGGCUGGUUUGUCAUUCCUCGAGUCUCGUCAAAUCAUUCUCUCUCAUCUCGCCACACACACAUGUUUCGUCGAUCG